CAAAAAGCAACUGGAUGAUCAGAGGCAAGCAAGGAUUCAUUUAAGCAGGGCUGCAGUACUUCCAAAGUCACAUCUGCACAUUAUCGCACAUGGACUGGAAACCAUGGAUCUAACAAUCAACUACUGCCAAUUUAGAACUGCAAGAGAUUAGAGCGACACCAGUGUGUGUAUAUUUCUAUAUACAUAUACAUAUAUUUAUAUAAAUGUGUGUGUAUAUAUAAAUAUAUAUAUAUAUGUAUAUAUAUAUAUUUAUAUAUACAUGUAUAUGUAUAUAAGCCUGGGCAGGAGGGGCUCGUGGUUUGUGGAUUGCAAGAUUUUUUCUUCCUUUUGGAGGUGUUUGGGCUUUUUUUUUUUUUCUUGGAAUUUUUAUGUGGUUUCCCGAGGAUUGGAUAGCCAAGGCUUUAUAGUAGGCUGACGUGAAGGGGGGAUCUGCAAUGCCCUUUGCCAAGCGGAUUGUGGAGCCCCAGUGGCUGUGUAGGCAUGCUGUCACCCUGGCAGAGGGGAGCUGUUGCCGGGAUCAGGGAGAGGAGCCGAGGCAGCACCACCCGCGGGGUACCAGGGAUGAAUUGGGAAUAGCCGUGGCAUCCUCUGCACAGGUGCCUUCCGAUGACAGGGAAGUGUUGCCGGUUGAUGGGAAAGAUAAAGAUGUGGUGCCUCUGGAUUUGUGCGCCGUCAGCAAUGUGGCUCUUUCACGAAUUUUGCGACAGCUGUCAGAUGUGGCCCGGCACGCCUGCUCCAUAUUCCAUGAGAUUGAGGUGGAUGUACAGGUUACGGCGCGGCGCCUGAGGGCCAUACAAGGGAAAAUCGGCAGUGUCCAGCAGAUUGUGAGCAGCCUGGAUCCGAAGCAGGAGACAGUGCCUGUAUCGAACCUGGAUGCAGAGAGCAAGCUGAGUGUGUAUUACAAGUCUACCUUACACCAGCAGAGGAAUAUCUUCCUGCCAUCCACCCGACCUGCAUGCGUGGAAGAGCUGCACCGCCAUGCCAAGCAAAAUCUGCGCUCCGUGCGGAGGGAUCAGAGGGCUCGAGCGGAUAACAGGGAAAGGAGGUUUGUGGGCUCUGUGUUUACAGCUCCCCCAUUCCCCACAUUUCCAGCAGCUCAUACUCUGAAGAGACGAGAAAUUAAGGAACGCCACCCUGUACCAGCACAUCCCCCGCCAGAGGAAGAUGAUGUACUUUUAGGGCAGAGGCCCAAAAACCCAAUACCCAAUGUCCCAUCUACACUGGAUAAGCAAACCAACUGGAGCAAGGCAUUACCCCUCCCUACUCCUGAGGAGAAAAUGAAACAGGAGUCCCAAGUGAUCACUUCCUGCAUUAUCCCAAUUAAUGUCACAGGUGUUGGGUUUGACAGAGAGGCUAGCAUACGCUGCUCCCUGGUGCAUUCACAAUCUGUUCUACAGCGGAGACGGAAACUGAGGAGAAGAAAAACCAUAUCUGGGAUUCCAAGAAGAGUUCAGCAGGAAAUAGAUUCAGAUGAAUCUCCAGUAGCAAGAGACCGCAAUGUCAUUGUUCAUACCAACUCUGACCUUGCCAAUUCUGUAAACAGAAGAUCUGGAACCAGAGAUACAGAGUGCCAAACAGAAGAAAUUCUUAUAGCCGCUCCCUCCAGAAGAAGGAUUCGUGCUCAGAGGGGUCAAAGUAUUGCAGCAUCGCUUUCUCAUUCAGCUGGAAACAUUGCAGCACUUACAGAGGCUGGUGAUCAGAUGUUCACCAAAACGUUAUCAAACCGCAUUCGCUCGCGAAGUCUUCCCAGAGAAGGUGCUAGAGCAACCAGUGAUCAUAGCCGUGGUGCCCAGUCUUCAAGCUAUAAAGAUGAUUGCUAUAUAGCCAGUUCUGAUAGAUCACUAAAGAAAGAUGAUGAUAGUUUGACUAGCCAAACAUCUCCAGAACAUCAUACUUUAGGUUUAGCAUACUCCCAGCACCACCAUAGCCCACCAUUAAACCUAAACGAAAGGGGCAGGUCAAGGCUUUCAAGAAUGGCGGAUUCAGGUAGCUGUGAUAUAUCUUCAAAUUCUGAUACAUUUGGGAGCCCUGUUCAUUCAAUUUCUGCAGCAGGAGUAUUGCUAAGCACUCACAUGGACCAGAAAGAUGAUCAUCAGUCAUCUAGCGGGAACUGGAGUGGAAGUAGUUCAACAUGUCCUUCACAGACAUCUGAAACAAUUCCUCCAGCUGCAUCUCCACCACUCACUGGGUCUUCGCACUGUGAUUCUGAGUUAUCUUUAAACACUGCUCCCCAUGCCAGUGAAGAUUCUAAUGUUUUUAUCAUGGAACCAUACAGCGAUGACCACUUGGACAGUAUUAGAGGUCACAGAGCCAGCUCCUUUACAUCUACGGUAGCUGAUUUGCUUGAUGAUCCAAACAAUAGCAACACCAGUGAUAGCGAAUGGAAUUACCUUCACCAUCGUCAUGAUGCAUCAUGUCGUCAUGAUUUUAGCCCACAGCAUUUGAAGACAGAUGGCUUGGGUUGCCCAAGUUUUACCAGUAUGGGCACAUAUGACAGCUUUCUUGAAAAGCCAGCAUCAGAAAAGGCAGAUACAGCCUCUCAUUUUUCGGUGGACACAGAAGGAUAUUAUACCUCCAUGCAUUUUGACUGCGGUCUUAACAGGAGUUACAGUUGUAACUAUGCACCCACAAGGCCGGAGAGUGACCAUGACACUGGUGUUUCUUCCAUGAAUACAGACUGUGUUUGGCAACGUUAUGUGGAUCACAGAAGACAUGCAUCAGAGAACAUCUCAUUUAAGAAACCAAAGGCAAAGCCGCCACCACCAAAUCGCUGUUCAUCUUUGAGGAAAUCUGACAACCACACAGAUGUUCUUGAAAAGAAAGAACCAAAGAUAACAAGUGGGCAGUCAGUGCUUCACACCUCAAGGGAAAUGAUGUUGCCACUUGAGAUUUCAAAUACACCUUCAAAAGUGGAAAACUUUGCUCCACCUAAUGAACAUGAAGUAACAUGGGUCAGUCAAGAUGACAAUGAAUUAAAGAGCACCCCAUUUAUCACCCCAGAUGUUGCAUCAUCUAAAGAAGAAGGUGGUGAUCAGACUCACUAUGCAGAUCUCUGGCUUCUUAAUGACUUGAAAACAAGUGAUCCUUACAGGUCCUUAUCAAACUCAAGCACUGCUACGGGUACUACAGUCAUAGAAUGCAUUAAGUCACCAGAGAGCUCAGAGUCACAGAAUUCUCAAUCUGAAUCACGAGCCACAACCCCCUCUCUUCCUUCUGUGGAGAAUGAAUACAAGUUAGCUUCCCCAGAAAAGCUAGCUGGUUUGGCAUCACCAUCAAGUGGUUAUUCCAGCCAGUCAGAAACACCUACAUCAUCCUUCCCAACCCCUUUCUUUUGUGGGCCUUUGUCACCUGGAGGCAGCAAAAGAAAGCCAAAGGUUCCAGAAAGAAAAUCUUCUUUACAAUAUCCUCCUUCAAAAUGCGGUAAUAUUUUGUUAAGCAAAGAACUAGAACUGCCAACUAUACCUCCUACCCAUCUUGACCUAAGUGCCCUUCAUGUGUUACAUAAACCAUUACCUUACAGGCCCCAAGUGCAUGUUCUCAGUCAUACUAAUCAGAAUGUGGCAGAGGACCAGCUUAACUCAAAUCCCUCCCAAGCCCUUACUGUAACACCCUCAGUCUUGAAAUCUGUUCAUCUUAGAUCUGUCAACAAGUACCAUAGAGAAACCUGUAAUAAAGAAAGAGACAACAAACUUUUGUGCAUACAGGAUCCCACAAUUAUUGUGGACUCUUAUGUUCCUGAUAAAAUGAACGUGUUGUCAACUACAAAACCAAUAUUGCGUCAGUUUUCUACAGAAGAAGCCAUGCUACCAUUUAUUGAUGCCUCACCAGUUGAUACAGGCCCAGAGAAUAUGUUUUUUGAACACACUGGUCUUUUCACUGGACAUGGGAUUUACAAACAGGAGAAAAUAACACCGCUGAAUAGUUUAACCGAACCGGAAAAACACCAAAAUCCACUAGAUGAAGAUGUAAUAGAAGAAACUAUUUUUACAGCAAAUCCAGAAACCAUUAGAAAAUCUUUUCAAGAGUACUCAAUGAGUAAUAGUGAGCUUGUUGUUGAGCAAAGCUUUUGCACCCAAGAAAAUGACCAAGCUAAGAUGGAACAAGAGCAAGUACAAACUGAGCCUUUAAAAAUAUCUGAACCUGGGAGAAGCACAGCUGAAUUUAAAACGCCAGAUAAAAGUGGCAAGAUGCUUACUGAGCUCAACAAUCAGUCUGAUAUAAGCAACAAUGACAAAGUGCCUGGAAAUUUUCCCAGCUUUCAAAUAGAGAUCUCCACUGUAUAUUCACUCAGUGACGAAUGUCCAGAGCAGGAAUCUGAAACUGCAUCAGGUAUUCCAACCAAAAGUGCCUCGGAGGAUAUGAAGACAGAUGAUGCAUCAGAGAUCAUGGAUGACAUCUCCUGGAAAGAAUCAUCACAGAGUGAAGACUCGAUAACUUCACCAUUAAGUGAGGAUUCCCAGGCUGACACAGAUGAAGUCUUCGUGUCACCGAACAAACCUCGCACUACUGAGGAUCUUUUUGCCGUUAUUCACAGAUCCAAGAGAAAAGUACUUGGAAGAAAGGAUUCUGGAGAGUCUUCUGUUAAAAACAAAUCAAGAGCUUUAUCUGCCAGCAGCACUGCCACCCCAGCAGGUUCCCAGAGAUCUCCAGGUCUGAUCUACAGGAAUGCCAAAAAAUCCAAUACAUCAAAUGAGGAAUUUAAAUUGCUACUUUUGAAAAAAGGCAGCAGGUCUGAUUCCAGCUACCGCAUGUCGGCUGCUGAAAUACUGAAGAGUCCGGUAACACCCAAAUCACUUGGUGAUUUUUCACCUGACUCUUCUACUAGCUCCGAAGAGUCUUUACAGUUAUCACCUGGUGGUGAUGUAUUUUCCCCUAUAUCCCCUUGCACUCCUCGGGUCAUGUCUGAAGGUUUUUCUGCUAAAUCUGGCCCUAUGUCUGCAGCCUCCAGAGUCGGGAGGUCCCGAGUGCCCCCAGCUGCAAGCAGCAGCCGUUACAGUGUCAGGUGUAGACUCUACAAUGCACCGAUGCAAGCGAUCUCAGAAGGUGAGACAGAAAACUCAGAUGGCAGCCCUCAUGAUGACAGGUCCUCGCAGAGCUCGAUGUAGGAAACUCAUCAGUAUCACAGAAACAGUAUGACACCCACAAAUAUUUUCAGCUCUCUUUAAAAUUAUCCUCAUAACAGCUCACUAAAAAAAGGAUAAAAUCUUGGGCAAAUAAAAGGAUUC